AUGAAUUUAAAUAAAAAGAGAGACCAAGUAGUUUCCAAGUCCGUACCGUAUGAUACUGCUAUUGAACAAACAUUUUCUAAAGAAUCAGUAUCUACGUCAAACUCCAUUUUUCAUUAUUUGGCCAUUGCAUCAAAGAAAUUAGAUUCAUUAGGAGUUGAAACUAGAGGUAUUGAAAGAAUAGAACCCUAUGAAAGAUCAACUAAUAGAUUCAAAUUAUUUAUUUCAGUUUGUGGAUUAUGGUUAAGUGCCUGCGGUGGUUUAUCAUCAAUGUCAAGUUUUUACUUAGGUCCUUUAUUAUUUGAAUUAGGUUUGAAAAAUUCACUUAUAGCUGGUCUAAUAGGACAUACUUUAGGUUGUUUUAUUGCUGCUUAUUGUUCUUUAAUGGGUCCUAAAUCUGGUUGUAGACAAAUGGUAGGUGCUAGAUUCUUAUUUGGUUGGUAUUUUGUUAAAUUAGUUGCAUUAGUUAGUAUCAUUGGUGUUAUGGGAUGGUCUGUUGUUAAUUCAGUUGUUGGUGGUCAAAUCUUGAGUAGUGUAAGUGAUGGUAAAAUACCAAUUUGGGCAGGUAUUGUAAUUAUCGCAGCUAUAAGUUUAGGUGUUUCAAUUUUUGGUAUAAAACAAUUAAUUAGAGUUGAAGCAUUUUUGAGUUUACCUGUUAAUUUUGCAUUCUUGCUACUUUAUAUUGUUGCAAGUAAACAAUUUAAAUAUUUAGAAUUUGCAGAUCCUUCGGGUGUUGAUAGUGCAACUAUAAAAGGAAAUUGGUUAAGCUUUUUUUCAUUAUGUUAUUCAAUUACUUCAACUUGGGGUUCAAUUGCAUCUGAUUAUUAUAUAUUAUUUCCUGAAACAACUUCAGAUUUGGAAAUUUUUAGUAUUACAUUAUUGGGAAUUUGGAUACCUACUACAUUUGUUGGAUGUUCUGCUUUAUUAAUUGGUAAUGUUGCAUUGAAUUAUCCUCCAUGGAAUGAAGCAUAUCAAAAAGUAGGUAUGGGUGGAUUAUUAAAUGAAGUUUUUAAACCAUGGGGUGGUGGUGGAAAAUUUUUAUUAAUUUUGAUUUUCCUUUCACUUGUUUCAAAUAAUAUUUUAAAUACUUAUUCAGCUGCUUUUGGUAUUCAAAUUGGUGGUAAAACAUUGAGUAAGAUUCCUAGAUGGUUAUGGGCUUUUCUUAUUACUGUUGUUUACUUUGUUUGUGCAUUAGUUGGAAGAAAUAAAUUUGCCACUAUUUUAAGUAACUUUUUACCAAUGGUUGGCUAUUGGAUAUCAAUGUAUUUCAUAAUUUUACUAGAAGAAAAUACUAUAUUUAGAACCAAGAGAUUUAGACAUUUAUAUAAAAAAGAAUUUGAAAACGAAAAUGAAGAUAAUGAAAGUUCAAGAUUGUUAAUACCGACAAGAAAAGAUUGUAAUUAUAAUUUUAAAAUUUGGAAUGAUCAAUCUAGAUUAACCCAUGGUUGGGCUGCUACUUUAUCAUUUAUAAUUGGUGCAACUGGUGCUGUUGUAGGAAUGGCUCAAACUUAUUGGAUUGGUCCAAUUGCUAGAAAAAUCGGUGGUGAAUAUGGUGGUGAUGUUGCAAUGUGGUUAUGUAUGGGUUUUUCAGGUUUAGUUUACCCUGGUUUAAGAUAUUUAGAAUUGAAAAAAUUUGGACGUUAG